AUUACAGUUUUGAUGUUGAUUGAGUGAAGUUACGUCGAGGUUUUGUUUCUCCGUGCUUAUCCUCUCGCAUUUUAAAACUGUGAUAUUCGAGUGUUUUUCAUUAUGAAAAAUACGUGUUGUGUUCCUAAUUGUGGAAGCAAACGCAGUGGUGUCAAACUGCAUAAGUUUCCAAAAACUGAUAGUAGAAGAAAGUGGGUGCAAUGUAUAAACAGUGAAAAACUGAAGAAACUUAACAUAAAAGAAUUGCUUUCGAUGUUUGUUUGUCAUAAGCACUUUGAACGUAGGUUUGUGACUGCUAGCUCACGCCUUAAAAGCUUUGCUUAUCCUACCUUGUUUACUCAAGAGGAGAUGGAUACUGGCAUACCUUCAACUGCUUAUGAAAACAAUGAAAACAUACUGCUAUGUGAUCAUGAUUAUGCACAGAAAUUGAGGAAGCCACAUAUUGAUCAUUCUUACUCCAGAGGUCGACCUUUGUUAGAGAUACAACAGUUCCAAUUUAUGAGAAAUACUGAUUGUGAUACUGCACCCACUGCAUCCAUUUCGAAUAUUGAAGAAGAAGUACUGCUCCCCCAUUUGAUAGAAUGCAAUAAGCCUUCAACAUCUACUCAGUGUGCAGUGGAAACUAUAACCAAAUCUGGAUCAAAUGUUCUGAUGACGCCAAUGAAGAGACAAAAGUUUAAGAGGUCUUAUUCCACCAAAAAUUUUGUAACACCUAGAUGUCAUCAAAUAUUAAUGGAGUAUAAAAAAGCCAAAAAACAACUCAAUUUUGCUAAAAGAGCUAAAAAAGCUAUUAAAUUCUCAAAAAAAGAAAACUUUGAAAAACUGACUUCAAAACUGAAUCCAGUAGCAAAAAAGAUAUUAUGGAUGCAAAUUAAUCAAAGUACAAAAAAAACAAAAGGUCGGCGUUUUACAGAUGAGGAAAAGAUGAUUGCACUUGCUAUAAUGAAGCAAAGUCCAAAAAGUUAUAGGUUUUUGAGAAGAAUUUUUAUUCUUCCUUCAGUGAGGAUCAUCAAUAAAAUGAUCACCACACUUAAAAUGGAUUCAGGAAUCAAUCCUCGAAUAUUUCAGACCAUAAAAUCAGAGAUUGCAAAGUGGCCUGAAACAAAGAAAUACUGCUCUGUCCUCUUUGAUGAAGUUGCUCUUGAACCGGGAUUAGCUUAUGACAAGCACAGUGACAGUAUAUGUGGAUUUGUUGAGCUAAAUGAAAAGGCAAAUAAUUAUGCUGAUCAUGCGUUAGUUUUUAUGGUUCGUGGAGCCUUACACAAAUGGCAACAACCAGUAUGUUUUUAUUUUUGUGAGGGAGCUACUUCUGGCACUGUUUUAAAAAAUAUAAUAAAAACUGUUGUAACAGAGGUAACAAAAACAGGAUUGUUACCUGUGGCACUAAUAUGUGAUCAAGGAACUUCAUUUCAGUCUGCUAUAAAGAAGUUAAAAGAAGAAACAAAGAGACAUCAAAUUCAGAUGGAUGAAACUUAUGAUGAUACUAUUAUAAUAGAAAACCAAAAAAUUAGUAUUUUAUAUGAUCCACCCCAUCUUAUCAAAGGGAUAAGAAAUAAUUUCUUAAAUAAAAAUAUUAAAUAUAAUGGGAAAAUAUCGAAGUGGGAUGACAUAGUUGAUGUUUACAAUACAGAUUGCAAACAUGCAGAAAUGCGUAUGCUGCAUAAAUUAAAUGACGAACAUGUCAUACCCCAAAAAAUAAAGAAAAUGAAAGUAAAGAAUUGUACUCGUGUGCUCAGUAAAACCGUAGCAAGUGCUUUAAGAUACACAGCAAACUUUUCACACUAUGUGGAUGGAAAGCUAGUCAGUGAAACUUUACUAAACACUGCCAAAAUGGUGUCAUUCUUUGAUGACCUUUUUGAUUCCUGUAAUGGAUCGUCAAUCACGAUAAAAAAUAAAGGCAAACCUCUAAGGCAAGCUGCAUCUAAGAACUCGAAACAUAUUUCAUUUUGGAAAGAUGCUAUUAAAAAGCUGGAAGAUUUAAAAUUCAUUGACAAUAAUGCCAGGGAAUGCGUGGUGCCAUCCCAAAAAAAUUUUAUUACAACUUUAAAAAGUUUGAUAAGGUUAUGGCACUUCUUUCAAAGUAGGGGAUGCAAAUUAAUGCGUCCCCGAUAUUUCAAUACUGACCCACUGGAAAACUUUUUUGGCCAGGUACGGGCAUACAGCUUUAGAAAUAACGACCCAAAUUGUAAGUUAUUUAAAAAUAUAUUUCGAUCCCUCUUAAUUACAAGGUUUAUCCAUUUUCAUUCUGACACUUACAAUUGUGAAGAUUCUUCAGGAGACCAAAUAAUAAAGUUAAAAAAUUUAUUUCACCAUAACCAGGAAGACAAUUUAGAAAUGAUAACGUCUUCCUGUCAAACUGCCACAAUAAUGUCUCCUGGAGAAAAAGAAAAUCUCAUCACAGAAGCUCGUAGGGAAAGACUAAAUGUUCACUCUCGUGCCUACACUGCGGGAUGGGUAGUGCGGAAAUGCCUCAACAAAUUUAAUUGCUCAGAGUGCAAAAAUAAUCUCACCCAAAAUAAUGAGUCUUCUGUUCACACCUGGAUAUCGCAUAGGGAAUUUAAAGAUUUUAAAAAGAAAAUGAAACUUACCUAUCCCUCGGAGCAGGCUGUUAAUUUGUUUAGCGUAAUCGUUAAUCAAGCCAAUGAAUAUUUGGAAUUACAACCAAAUGUCAAUUUCAUUUCCAGAGAAAUAGAAAAAAGAAUUGGUAGACAUAAUUUCAAUUUCCUAACAUGUGAAAAGCACUAUGGAGCUAUCUGUGAUUAUUUUCUUGAUGUAACAAUUAAAUUGUGUUUGUUUAAUUGGUGUUCUGUUAUUAAUAAAAUAUUAAGAGGGGUCGAUUUGUUACGCUUAAACGAAAAACAAUUACCUGAUAUGCAAAGGAAAGCUUUAGAAAAAUAUACAAAAAAACUUAAAAAUAAAAUGUUGCAUAAAUAA